ACUAGGCGCCUCUACCACCUUCUGUGACACGGUACUUCCGGUUCCGGCCCCAUUGUUGCAAAGCGAUGGCGGCGCGGGCUGGAUUCCAAUCAUUGACCCCGGGGGGGUCCGGUUCAACGGCGGCUGCACUGGGUCCCGGGACCCCUGGCCCAGCAGUGAGAAUGGGUCCCGCCCCCGGGCAGGGGAUUUACCGUUCUCCAAUGCCUGGAGCUGCUUACCCGAGACCCGGUAUGCUGCCUGGCAGUCGAAUGACUCCUCAGGGACCAGCGAUGGGCCCCCCUGGUUAUGGUGGAAGUCCAGCUGCUCGGCCAGGCAUAGCCCAGUCAGGCAUGGACCAGUCUCGGAAACGUCCUGCGCCUCAGCAAAUACAGCAGGUGCAACAGGCUGCUCAGAAUAGGAACCAUAGUGCUAAGAAGAAGAAAAUGGCUGAUAAGAUACUACCUCAGAGGAUUAGGGAACUGGUACCCGAAUCCCAGGCUUACAUGGAUCUGCUAGCGUUUGAGAGAAAGCUGGAUCAGACAAUUAUGAGGAAACGGCUUGAUAUUCAGGAAGCUUUGAAGAGACCAAUAAAGCAAAAGAGAAAACUUCGCAUAUUCAUUUCCAAUACUUUCAACCCUGCAAAAUCAGACGCAGAAGAUGGAGAGGGAACUGUUGCUUCAUGGGAGCUGCGGGUGGAGGGCCGUCUCCUUGAGGACGCGGCACUAUCUAAAUAUGAUGCCACCAAACAGAAGAGGAAGUUCUCGUCCUUUUUUAAGUCGCUGGUCAUUGAGUUGGAUAAAGACCUGUAUGGGCCGGAUAAUCACCUGGUGGAGUGGCACAGAACCCCUACCACACAGGAGACUGAUGGGUUUCAGGUGAAGCGCCCAGGGGAUUUGAACGUGCGCUGCACAGUGUUACUGAUGCUUGACUAUCAGCCACCACAGUUUAAACUUGAUCCCCGACUGGCUCGGCUCCUUGGGAUCCACACUCAGACUCGUCCAGUCAUCAUUCAAGCUCUGUGGCAGUACAUCAAGACGCACAAACUUCAAGAUCCUCAUGAACGGGAAUUUAUAAUAUGUGACAAAUAUUUGCAGCAGAUAUUUGAGUCUCAAAGGAUGAAGUUUUCAGAGAUCCCUCAGAGAUUGCAUGCUCUCCUCAUGCCUCCAGAACCAAUCAUAAUCAAUCAUGUCAUUAGUGUUGACCCCAAUGAUCAGAAGAAAACCGCUUGUUAUGACAUUGAUGUAGAAGUUGAUGAUACUUUAAAAACUCAGAUGAACUCCUUUCUGUUGUCCACCGCAAGUCAGCAGGAGAUAGCUGCUCUAGAUAACAAGAUACACGAGACAAUUGAAACUAUCAAUCAAUUAAAGAUUCAGAGGGAAUUUAUGUUGAGCUUUGCCCGUGACCCUCAAGGAUUUAUUAAUGACUGGUUACAGUCACAGUGCCGGGACCUCAAAGCAAUGACUGAUGUGGUGGGUAAUCCUGAAGAAGAACGUCGAGCUGAUUUUUACUUCCAACCAUGGGCUCAUGAGGCUGUAUGCCGGUAUUUCUACUCCAAGGUGCAGCAAAGACGUCAGGAGCUGGAACAGGCUCUCGGGAUCCGAAAUACAUAAAUAUGGCGCCACCAAGCGAGACACAGCAGCUGCUCUCUCCACCCCAGCGUAUUGAACACAAGCGGUCCUGUCCUAGCCAAUAACGUUGUAGCAUAAGGUUAUAGGAAGCUGCUUUAGUGAGUUGAAGUGGGGGUUUGGAAGAGCAGCCUCGAGCCCUGCUGCCAGUGCUUCCUACGUUAGAUGCUGUGGCAUUGCCAGCAAUGGGGUGAGGGCUGGACUUCAGUGUUGACACUGCAAGACACAAUGUUUUAGCAUCAUUUUCAUCAAGUGUAAUUUUUCUUUGUAAAUGUAUUAUUUUAGGACGUAGUAUCGCCUCUCCUCUAGGCUUUUUUAUGCUUAUUCAGCCUUUCAUUACCCUGGGCCUUAUAUUGCUUUGUUCCACAGAACAGUUUAUUUAAUAGUGCAUUGGCUUCCUAACCCCCCCCCCCCCUUCACGGUCUUCUCCAGUACACUUUUUAUUUACUGACACGGCCCAUCACAGUGCACAAGGUGCUACACUUCGCUUCAGUUCACUGUAAUGUUUAGAGCAACCUGCCACUGUUACAACUGCAAUUCCCAAUAUUUCUCGACUGGGAGAAUUGCAGUUCUGCAACAGGUAGCGAGUGCAGCUCAAACAUUGUAAUUUUUUUUUUUUAAGGGGAAUCUUGGCCUGUUCUUCAGCAAGAACAUGAUUGCUUGGGGCAACUUCAGAUGUUGAAUUGCAUUUCUCAAUAUCAUGACGGUUAACAGCUGCUGUAAAAUGAUCUUUAUUUGUUUAAAGCACCAGCACAUCUGCUUGCAAGUGACGUGUUCCUUUGUGCAGGAUUGAGGUCAUUAGAUUUCAAUGAUGAAGGAAUCUCGUGAGGGCGGCAGGCAUACUGCGCAGUGGAGUGUACAGUUAUACUAUAUUAUCACGGCAUAAUCAUUCUAAGGAAUGGUCUCUUAACUGACUGCUCGGGAAAACCGCCGGCGCCCCUCCAAACGCCCUCACUGAAUGUGCUUUUAGCACCUCUAUUCUCAUAAAAUGUAGCCUUUUUUUAUUUUUAAAACUAAUUAUGGUUUUGAUGGACCAAAAUAUUGUUUUGUAUCUUGUAGCUGACAACAAGUUUUAAUAAAAGCAACUUCUAAGUA